AUGCACAACAAACCAAUUUGUAUUCAGUUCAAGAACGACAACACCAGUGGAGAAGAAAUGUUGCAAGUAGCUGGAAUACAUGUUGUUAUGGGAGUUCUGGGCUAUGCACAAAGUAAGCUGUACUGGCAGCAAGAUACUCAGGUUCCAGUUAUUGCUAAGUGUAUGACAAGAGACCGUUUCUAUGAACUGAGAAAUUAUAUGCAUUUUGUGGAUAACACAAGUGAGCACAAUGAGAAGCUUUGGAAGGUAAAACCUUUUCUUGACUGUGUGCAGAAGAAGUGUCUGACCCUUCCAAGAUCACAUCAUCUUUCCGUUGACGAACAGAUGGUGCCCUUUUCUGGUAAAUGUGGCUUUGUGACUUACGUACCAUCAAAACCUAAUCCAUUAGGUUUAAAAUGCUUCAUUCUGGCUGCACCUGAUGGCCUUGUGUUGGACUUCAUGUUUUAUAAUGGGUCAGGUACUGUGUCAGCUGAAGAUAUAAAAGAAUAUGGUCUCGGUGCAGCAGUUGUUAAGAUGAUGACAGAAAGUGUUCCUAGAGACAACCAGCAUUGUGUAUAUACUGAUAGAUUUUUCACAAAUGUAAAAUCUGUAGACAUGUUGCUGGGAAGGAAAAUUUAUCAGACAGUGAAAGACAAUAAAAGUGUCGUAAUACUCUCAUCAUGGGUUGGAAGCAGCCCUCCAACCACAUAUAAGAGGAGGUCAAGAGAACAUAAAAAGAAGAUAGAUGUUCCUCAGCCAGUGGAAAUGAAGCUUUACAAUGAAAACAUGGGAGGUGUUGAUCUCUGUGAUAGAUUUUUGUCAUAUUACAGAUGCUACAUUCGCACAUCAAAAUGGCCUGUAAGAAUGUUUAAUCAUUUUAUAGAUCUUGUGAUUGUCAAUUCUUGUAGAAGUGACCUCGUCAGUGAAAAGACGGGAGGAGCCAACGGUGUGGGUAUGAUAGGCACGUCAGCGCCUGUGUCGACUAGGAAGACGAGCCAUGACGAAAUGUCGGUCAUGUAUAAACGACCGUUCGGCCAGAUGGACGAGUGGACAGAGUGCAAUGUGUGA